AUGAGAAUCGCCGUGUUCAGUGCCCAGCCCUAUGACAAGGCAUCGCUGGAUCAGUCUAACCAGGCAUUCAAGCAUGAGAUCACCUAUCACGAGGCAGGUCUAAGCGAGAAGACUGCUCUUCUGGCCUCGGGCUUCCCAGCCAUCUGCGUGUUCGUCAACGACCAGAUCAACGCCAAUGUGAUUCACAAGCUGGCGGAGCAUGGCACUCGGUUGAUAGCCCUCCGAUGCGCGGGAUUCAACAACGUGGAUCUCGCUGCUGCCAAAAAGGCGGGGAUCACGGUGGUGCGCGUCCCUGCAUAUUCACCCAAUGCAGUGGCGGAAUACACACUCGGGCUGGUUCUUUGUCUAGAACGGAAAAUCCACAAAGCCUGGCUACGCGUUCGGGAGGAAAACUUUGCACUCAAUGGCCUUCUCGGUACAGACCUCUACGGUCGGACGAUCGGAAUUGUUGGUGCUGGUCGGAUCGGCUCGUUGGUCGCUCGAUCUUUCCGCGCCGGCCUUGGUUGUGAAGUUCUUGCGUGCGAUAUCGUUCAGAAUCCUGAGCUGGUUUCCAUCGGCGUCAAGUACGUGAGCAAGGAAGAGCUACUUCGACAAGCUGAUGUCAUUUGUCUACAUUGUCCUUUGACGCCAGACACUCGGCAUCUGCUUAACUCGGAUACUCUUCGGAUCACCAAGCCAGGUGUCACCAUAGUCAAUACCGGCCGCGGGGCAUUGAUUGAUUUUGUCGCUCUGCUUGACGGACUGGAAAGUGGGCAUGUCGGGGGUGCAGCGCUGGACGUUUAUGAAUACGAAAAGCCGCUGUUCUUCCGCGAUUUAUCUGAGCAGAUAGUUUCAGACCACACCUUCCGGCGGCUGAUCACCCUCCCCAAUGUUAUCGUUACAGGUCAUCAGGCGUUCUUUUCCCGUCAAGCUCUUGAGUCGAUCGCCAACACAACGCUUUCAAGCGUUGGUCAAUUCGAAAAGAACGGUCAAGUGGAGAAAAGCGUGACGCUCUGA